AUGAUGCAGGAAAUGCAACAUAAACAGCCAAAAUUUCAGCAGCAGAUACAACAAUUUGGAAUGUAUCAAGGAGGAAGAGGACGAGGACGUGGACGUAAAGGCGGCUUUCAACAGCGAAACAAUCGACGUUAUCAAAGUGAUAAUCAAUGGCAAUCAAAACGCAAGAGAGGACCAAGUGAUGACGUGCAAAAGACGGCGAGAUUUUUCUUGCCGUCGUUCCUGGAGGAUCCGUGGAAGGCUCUGGAAGCUGCUACUGAUGAGAAUCGAGAGCAAAAAGGACAAGACCCCGAACGGAGAGAGCAAAUGUAUCCACAACAAGUACAGUCUUAUUCUACUGAUAAGGGACUCGGACGAGUGCUUUUUCAACCGGAAUUUCUGGACGAUCCGUGGUCCGUUAGUUAA